AUGGCCCAGGAUUACAAACUCAAGGACAUCACGUCCCUGGCGGACGUCAAGGACAUGGACAAGGUCGAGUGUGAGGUCGACGGGAUUCAGGAUGGAAAGGUCCUCCUGGUUAGGUAUAACGGUCAGGUUCACGCUAUGACCCCCAAGUGUACCCACUAUGGUGCGCCGUUGAAGCUGGGUGUGGUGGCUCCUGAGGGGAGGAUUACUUGUCCUUGGCAUGGUGCUUGCUUUAAUGUGGAGACUGGUGAUGUUGAAGAUGCGCCGGCCCCGAAUGCGUUGAAGAAAUUCGAGGUGUUCGAGAAGAAUGGUGCUGUCUAUAUCAAUGCCAAUGAAGCCGAUGUUAAGGCGGCUCAGAGAGAUCCCGCUGUCAAGUGUAGUGCUUCGCCGCAGGAGAAGUUGGUUGUUGUUGGCGGUGGAAGUGGUACUUUUGGUGUGGUUCAGGCGAUCCGUGAAAUGAAGUACAAGGGUGCCAUCACUGUCAUCACCCGCGAACCUAACCUCAUUAUUGACCGUACGAAGCUAUCCAAGGCGCUGAUUGCUGAUGCCGCGAAGAUCCAGUGGCGGCCUGAGGAGUGGUAUGAGGAAGCUUCUAUUGAGGUCGCCCAUGAUGAUGUGACGGGCGUUGAUUUCCAGAAGAAGACGGUGACCACCCAGUCUGGCAAGUCGUACCCUUACACUAAGUUGGUCCUUGCGACAGGAGGUGUGCCGCGCACCCUCCCUCAGGAAGGAUUCAAGGACCUUGGAAAUAUCUUCGUGCUCCGCACCAUUCCGGACGUGCAGGCCAUUCACCAGGCACUGGGCGAGCAGAAGAACAAGAAGGUCGUUGUCAUCGGCAGCUCCUUCAUCGGUAUGGAAGUGGGCAAUUGCCUUGCCAAGGAGAACGACGUCACCAUCGUCGGCAUGGAGAAGGCCCCGAUGGAACGCGUGAUGGGCGAGCAGGUCGGCCGCAUCUUCCAAGGUAACCUGGAGAAGGCGGGCGUCAAGUUCAAGCUUUCCGCCAGCGUGGACAAGGCGACGCCCUCCAGCACGGAUUCCAGCAAGGUCGGCGCAGUCCACCUGAAAGACGGCACCGUGCUUCCAGCAGACCUGGUCAUUCUCGGAGUGGGAGUGCGUCCCGCUACUGACUUCCUUCAAGGCAACCCAUCCGUCACUCUCGAGCAGGAUGGAUCCAUCAAGACCAACGAGCACUUCGCGGUCCCAGGAUUGAACGACGACGUCUUUGCCAUUGGCGACAUCGCCACCUACCCGUACCACGGGCCGGGAGCAGACCAGGACAAGGGCACAUACACCCGUAUCGAACAUUGGAACGUGGCCCAGAAUGCCGGACGAGGAGUAGCGCGCGCAAUUGUCCACAGUGGAUCAUUGCAAUCGCUCAAGCCCAAGGCGUUUAUCCCAAUCUUCUGGUCCGCCCUCGGUGCCCAGCUGCGCUACUGCGGAAGCACCGUGGGUGGAUGGGACGAUCUGGUGAUGAAGGGAGAGCCCGAGAACGCCAAGUUCGCUGCGUAUUACUGCAAGGGCGACACGGUGGUGGCCGUUGCCACGAUGGGCAUGGACCCGGUGAUGGUCAAGUCUGCCGAACUGAUGCGGCGGAAGAAUAUGCCGACCAAAUCGCAAAUCCAGAGUGGAGUGGAUGUGCUGACUGUGGGUGUGCCUGAGUCUGUGAGGAUCUAA